UAAUGUAAUAGUUACCUACCCUUAAGCCGGAAGUAAAUUUCCUCCCACGGGGGUGACUAGGUCCGUCGAGGAAAAAAGGAGGCCUUGCAUUGGCACCAUGAUUGGGACAUAGAAAAGGACGCAUCACAAAAAGUGAUAUUAGGCAUUUGUGAUGGGCGUUAAGGUGGUGUGUGGGUCCAUCUCUGAAACACGAGAAUUCGAUAGUGGUUUCAGCCUGCAACUUCCAGGAUGUCUGCUCGCACUGCCCUCAGCGGUGUUUAGCAGUUGAUGAAUAAGCAGUGACUCGUUUUUGCGCCCGUUUCUUCAACACCUGUUGCCUGGUUACCAAGGCCUCAAAGAGUCAAGAUGAUGAUGUAUAAGCUUCUGGAUGAAGUUGAGCAGGAGUCUUUCAGUGCUGAUGAUUUUGUGGAAAGACUGGCUUGGAGGGCAAGUGGUGGAAAUCUUUCCACUAAGACAGACAAUGAAGACUUCAAUCCCCAGAUCAUCCAUGAUGCCUUUUCAUCUGCCAUCAGGCAGCUGACAGAUAUACAGAGGAAACAGCAAAGGGAGUGUGAUCAGUUGGAAGCUAAGCUGAAAGAUGAAGAGGCCAGAUAUGCCCAGAGAGUUCACAAGCUGAUGGAUAGAAACAAGGAUGAUUUCAGCAUCCUGCACCAGCUGGAUGAGAAGAUCAGUUUUGUGGCAACCAAGGUGGUGCACCUGGGCGACCAGUUGGAGAGCGUCAACACACCCCGCUCCCGCGACGAGCGUGCCCUCCAGCUCAUGCAGCACCUGAACCGGUUCAUUGACGCCGAGGCGCCCACCGACCCCCUCUUCGACGACGACGAACAGAUAUUCGAGGCUGCCGACGUGAUACAGAAGCUUUAUCUCAUAUCGCAGGAGCUGCCAUCGGGAAAGUUUGAGGGCGCCCGGACUCGGAUCGGCCAGAAGUACGACGGCGUCGAGCGGCGUCUGAUCGAGCGGUUCGUGGCGGCUCAGAAACGAGGAGAUCGCGACGCCAUGAAAGAAGUGGCCUCUGUGCUGUCACAGUUCAAGGGCUACUCGCAGUGCGUGGACGCCUUCAUAGAGCAGAGCCAGCAGGGUGCGUUCGUCAGCCGCGACAUAUUCCGCGAGAUCGUGCCGGUAUGUGAAAGGAACGAGCCUAUCAUCCACUACGUGUUCCACAACCCAGCCCAGGUGAUGGGCCGCUUCGUGCUGAUCAUCUUCCACGGCCGGCUGCAGGAGCACCUGCACCAGACCCUGGCUGACCAGUCGAACCGGUGCCGCUACCUGGACCAGCUGUGCGACCUGUACUCGCGCACGCAGCACCUCACCAAACAGCUGGCCAAGUUCAACAUGGGACACGACAGCUCCUUUCUCAACAAGCUGGCCAAAAAACUCUUCCAGGAGUACAUCAGCAGCUACAUCAGCGUAGAGGUGAAGCAGCUGCGCCAGUGCUGCGCCGACACGCUGGACGAGUACUACACGUCGCAGGGUCACCAGAAGCGCCACCUGUACGGCGGGCUGGGGGAGCUGCGCAGAGAGGCGGCCGCCGUGCUCGGCACAAAGACCAGCAUCAACAUCGCAGCCGUCGACGACCACGGCGGCCGCACGUUCCUCUCGGAGGAGACCGCCAUCAACCUGCUGCAGGAGGCGAAGCGGGCGUUCAAGCGGUGCCAGGUGCUGUCGCGGCCGCAGGAGCUGGCUCAGAACGCGCUGCAGCUGUUUGACAUCCUCGCCAGCAGCCUGCUGGUGGAACACAUCGACUACGGCAUCGAGCUGGCGCUGCAGGCGGUGCCGGUGAACGAGCCGCGUGCGGAGCCGCAGCUCUACUUCUAUGACGUAGUGCGUCAGACCAACGGCGUGGUCCACCUGCUGGAGAAGCAGUACGCCGACUCGCUGCUGCCGCUGGUGGUCGGCUCCAGCUGCCAGGCGGAGGCGGCCUCGAGGAGGCGCGCGCUGCUGUCGGGUGUGCAGACCAAGCUGGACCUGGGCCUGGACCGUACGCUAUCGGCUGCCUGCGCCUGGGUGCGUGUCAUCCUGCAAACCGAACAGAAGAAGGCCGACUUCCGACCCGACACCGAGGAGGUGGUGCUGGCCUCGGCCACUCAGGCGUGCCGCAAGGUGGUUCGCUUCAUCAGCAGCCAGGCGGCGCGCAUCAAGGACUCGUGCGACGGCAAGAACGUGGACGCCGUGCUGACGGAACUCGGCGAACGGCUGCACCGCACCGUACUGGAGCAUCUGCUGCAGUUCCAGUACAACACCACAGGCGCGAUGGCUGCCAUCUGUGACGUGAACGAGUACCGCAAGUGCGUCGAGUCCUGGAGGAUCGCCUCCGUCACGGCCCUCUUCGAGACGCUGCACUCGCUCUGCAACCUGCUGCUGGUGCUGCCCGACAACCUGCGCCAGGUCUGCUCGCAAGGGUCGCUGGCUGGCUUGGAUCGCGCGGUCCUGAUGAACUUUAUCCAGCUACGCGCCGACUACAAGACCUCCAAGCUGGCGCUGCAGCUCCGCUGGUAGUGCUCGCCCCCCCCCCCCCCCCCCGACGCGUGCGCCGCCUCGCCGUCUGGCUGGUGUGGCGGUCUUUUGUGAAGACCGUCGCGCCCCGGGACCCCGACCCGGAUCUUCCAGCACCAGUGACGGCACCCAUCCCGCGGCGGCGGUCGAGGUCCGCUCUGCGCCGUGUAGGUGUAGGCGAAGGUGAACGUCCCCGCUGUGUGCGACGCCACCGGAGACGCCGGGCGGCCCCAGUCGGUGGAGAAGUCGCCUCUGCGGCUGCACGCGGCGUGUGGCGCCCUGUCCACGAGCGGCGCCCUCGGUGACGGCGGGCACCCCGCCGGCGACGCGCGUGUGCCCGUGGCCGUUCCGCUGUUGGUGCCCGCUGAUGUCGCCGUGCUGUUUGUCCGAGCGAGAGUCACCGGGAGUCAUCGGUAUCUGAACCAAGUCCGAGUUCAUCGUCGGUCUUAAGAAGGGAGCUGUUCCUGGAAUAUGUCGAACGGCUUCUGCCGAUGUGUGCCGCUUUGUGCGCGUAUUUAUGAAUGCAUUCGCGGGCUGAAGGGCAAGGUUCACAGAUGGCUGACCUCGGAGUGUGGUCGUUGGCUGGCGCCGGUUGGAUCGUUGUCUUGCUUACGCGUGUCUCUUUACGUGCUGCAUAUCUUUAUGGCGAUUCGUGUGCUAUCGCAUGUUGUUUCUGUUCAGAAUAGCAUUCGUUUUUGAUAUUGUACCUCUAUCGCUGGAGUAAAAUGUGUAUCGAUGUCCCUUCAGAGCUGUUAUCAAUAUAUAAAAAGGAAUUGC